CACACAGCGACAUCGAGACCGUGAAUAAUGCUCUCCGCUAUCCGUGUAGCCGGUGCUCGUGUGCCCCAGCGCGCACUCGUCGUCGCUGGAGCCCGUCAUGCCGCCGUGCAGGCCGUCAGGCGCAAACCGUUGUUGCAGCGAGGUAUUCAAUCUGCUGCUCAGACUGACAGGGACACCAUCACUCGCCUGCUGUACUCUAUCGGCACCAAGCGUGAAGUAGAACGCUACCUGCGCAUCUUUUCUUCUUCCUCGGAUGCAUCCAACCCCGCCAAAUUCGCUGUCAUCAAAAUUGGCGGCGCAGUGCUCGACCAAGUCGACGAGCUCGCCCACAGCCUGAGCUUCCUCUACCGCGUCGGCCUCUACCCUGUCGUCCUCCACGGUGCCGGCCCACAAUUGAAUGGCAUUAUUGAAAGCGAAGGCAUUGUCCCGGACUACAUUGACGGCAUCCGGGUCACGGAUGCAAAGACACUCGGUAUCGCACGGCGCGUCUUCCUCGAGGAGAACUUGCGUCUCGUCAACGCUCUUGAAAAGCUCGGCACGCGUGCACGACCAAUCACGUCUGGCGUGUUCACUGCAGACUUCCUCGAUAAGGCCAAGUACGGCCUCGUCGGCAAGAUCACCAAGAUUGACAAGCGUCCGCUCGAAGCCGCUAUCCGUGCGGGUGCGCUGCCCAUCCUGACCAGCUUGGCCGAAUCGGAGGAUGGCCAGAUUCUCAAUGUCAAUGCCGAUAUCGCCGCUGGCGAGCUCGCCAAGGAACUCGAGCCGCUCAAGAUUGUCUUCCUCAACGAGAAAGGUGGUCUCUUCCACGGUGUCACCAGCGAGAAGCUCGACGUCAUCAACCUCGACGAGGAGUAUGACGAGCUCAUGCGUCAGCCGUGGGUCAAGUACGGUACCAAGCUCAAGCUCCGCGAGUUCAAGGAACUGCUUGACCAUCUCCCGCGCUCGUCGUCCGUCGCCGUCAUUAGCGCCGAUAUGCUCCAGCGCGAGCUCUUCACAGACUCGGGUGCAGGAACGCUGAUUCGCCGCGGGUACAAGCUCUUCAAGCACAAAUCACUUGACUCCGUCGGCCCGGACCGCAUCCGCCAGGUGAUCCACGACCGCGACCCGGAUGUGCUCGCGGGUGACCAGAGCGUGACGGGUGUGCUGAACGAGCUCAAGAAGGUGCCAUACACGAUCUACGGCGACGAGCCGCUCGACGUCGUCGCGAUCGUGACUCAGCCGGAGGACGAGAUCCCAGUGAUGACGAAGCUGCUCGCCUCGCGCAGCGGCAUACUCAACGGCACGGUCGACAACGUCUUCAACGCGAUCAAGAAGGACCACCGCAAGCUCUUCUGGACCGCGCGCGCCGACGACGAGAACCGCGCGUGGCACUUUGAGCGCGCGGACGGUAGUUUCACCCGUGCGGGCAAGAGCCUGUUCUGGUACGGCGUCCAGGAAAUUCACGAAGUCGAGAAGAUCGUCAAAGCCUUCGAGGAGAAGGGCCGCAUCGACCGCUCCUACCUCCCCGUAGGCCCAGCUGCGCCUCCGCAGCGCGCGACGAACCUGACGGGCAUUCGCUCGUACUCGACCCUGGCGCGCCGCCCCGUCCCGGGCUCAUCUCGGGGCUACGCUACUGCUGCCGCCUCUCAACCGAAAAAACUCGCGCUGAUCGGUGCACGCGGCUUCACUGGCCAGACACUGACGUCGCUGCUCUCGGACCACCCCCAUCUCGAGCUGACGCACGUCUCGUCACGGCAGCUCGCUGGCUACUCGCUGGCUGAGUACACCAAGGCCGACAUGACAUACUCCAAUCUUUCCGUCGAGGACGUCGAGCGCAUGGAGAAGGAUGGCGAGGUCGACGCGUGGGUCACGGCGCUCCCGAACGGAGUCUGCAAGCCGUUCGUCGACGCCAUCGACCGCGGCUCCAAGGAGCGCAAGGGCGAGAGCAGCGUCAUUGUUGACCUGAGCGCAGACUACCGCUUCGAGGACGGCUGGACGUACGGGCUUCCGGGUAAGGCUUCUGCUUCGUCGUCCCUGUAAACUAGAACUCUAAAAUCGCAUUGGCUAUUUUUU